AUGCAUCGCCAACCAUGGCCAACGACUCGUCCGCCUGUCCAGGUUCAGCUACAGGACCGAGACAACGCUACUGCCUUGAUCAAUGCGAACAGUGUCCGUCAUAAUGCCGGAAUAUCACUUCAGGGUAAACACUUCGACGCCAUUUCCUUCCCCUCCACGGCGUCCACCACAACUCCGGCCUCCAAGAAGUCAAACGACGAGGUUGAAAGUCACAGCCAGACUGCGAGUGUCACUAGCAGCAGAUUUGCAACACCAGCUUCAGGACCCACAGUCGGCUCUAUCAACCCCUUCGAUCUAUCUACAACCACUUCAAGUACGCCUCGCCAUGUUCUCAUCCGCGUGGAUGGUGAUGCCGGCUCCUACCUCGAUAGUGUCACUGGCCAACCGGCAUUUCAGGAACAGAAUCUCCCUUCGGAGUUGAAUGGCUCGUUAUCAGUUAGUAACGGGGACCCGAUUCAGACGGGCUGGAGUGUGGACUAUGCGGGCCUGUCCCGUACAUCCCGAGAUUAUGGCAAUGGAAUUGGCUGGCGAUUACAGGAAGCCGAGGCCGUCGCCGACCCUCACCAGACGUGUAGUUGGCCCCGGAAAUUUGUCUGCUCUUUGUGUUCAUUACGAUGGAAUGCCGUUCCCCUACCAGCAAAAGUUAUCCGCGGCGAUGUCAGUCAGAAAGACAGGAUCGACUUAAGAAUCCCGAAUCCGACAGAUUCUAAAAGAGAUCCAACCUUCUCUCGACCCGGAUGCUCCGAGUUUCACUACUAUCUCGAUCAUGAAUGUUCCGCCACCGAGCCACGAGAGAUGAAGGCUCAUCUACAUUCCCCAAGAAAGAACGGCCAUAAAGCGUACCUCACGGGCUUAGCCAAUCGCAUUGAGACUGGGCAGAUACUCAGUGCCAUCGACAAGGAGAUAUCGUCGCGUCUGAUGCUCAUGUUUAACGAUAGGGACGCCCGAGGACAAAAGUCCAUCUCGCAACCCAUCAACACCGUUCUGGGCCCCGAGGAUAUCAGCAGCCCCGCGGUACUACGAGAACACACGCAGUGGAUGUCCUAUCUUGGCCUGCAUACGCCCGAGCUUCACCGACGUGACUUUUUUGAUCCAAGGACAAACCAGUGGUACUACCGAGAAUACAACCUUGACGACGAUUUCGAGGACGCAUGCGAGAACACCAGGGUUAUAUCUCACGCCACCGGCCGUGCUGUAAGGACGAGCGACUUUCUUUGGCGAUAG